AUGUCUGCCUUCAAUAAGUAUUAUUCGAUCCUUGAAUCCAACAAGGAUAUUAAAUAACAAUAUAAGCAAAAUAAUCCAGAAGAUGAAAUUCCAGAAAAAAGCAAAUAAAUUUAGGAAAUGAAUAAUCCCAUCGAUAUUAGGUAUGGAUAUCAAGACAAAAGCUCCCUGCUUUUCUAAAUUAAUAAAAAAUUUCCAAAUUAACCUGAUUUCAAAAUUGGAGUGGAUUUAAUAUAUUUAAUAGACAUUAGUUAAUCAUUAAAUGAUGAGUCCUUAGAAAAAAUCAAAUCGGCCUUAAAGUGCUUAGUUAAUUACUUAAGUGAUUAAGAUAGAUUAUGCAUUGUUACUUAUAGCAAUAAAGCUUGUUAACUAUUUCCAUUAAUUCCUCUCAGUGAAAAAAAUAAACUGAAGAUAAUUAAAAAAAUUGAAUAGAUCACUAUAAAGAAAGAAAAUUCUAAUAUUUACAGUGCUCUUUAAAUUACUCUCUUGUCUUUGGAAUUAAGACAAUUUAAAAACGAAAUUACCAAUGUCAAUAUAAUCAGUUAAGACUAAGAUUUAAGAAAGUAUAGCAACGAUUUCAAAGAGGCCUUUUAAAAUGAAUAGGCUUUUAAAUUGAAAGUCUUUUUGUUGUUUUCUUAAGACCUGAUUUAGUUUUGUUAGAAAAAGAAAAGGGAAAGUCAAAAAUUUGGACGAUAUCACAUAAUGAAGAAGUUCGAUUAAUUAUCCUCAUUACUAUGUUUCGAAACCUUGAAACUUCAAUAGACUGUUAUUUUGAAUCUAGAAAUAAGAGUGAAGACUCAUUAAAAUAAUCCAAUUUAAAUAUCAGAAUGUAGUGGUGGUAAAUUCAUUUAUGUUAGCCCAUAUGAAAUUCGAAUCAAAAAGAAAUUGGUUUCUAUUGGGUAAAACAAACCUCAUUUGAUCGGCAUUGGAAAUAUUCCCAAGUCUGAGGGUGGUGAAAUUUGUAAUAUAGAAGUAUCUUUCUAACAAAUACAUUCUAAUCAUCACUAAAAUUACGACAUUCCAAUCUAUGCAUAAUCUCAGAAAAACAAUAUUUUAGAUGAAACUGUUAUGGUUCAAAUAUAUAAGCUGAAAUCUCGAAGUCAAAUGAAUGAGGCUAUGCUAUACUACGAUCCAUAUAGAAUUUAAGAUUGCAUUGAAAUUCUACAAAUGUUCCAAUCUGAAGUAGCAGAUCUACCUGAUGGAAUAAAACAAUAGUUAAAUGUUGAAAUGCAAUAAUUUGAACUAGCCCUAUCUUAAUACAAGCACAAUCCAGCCUAAUAGAUAGAAAAUCCAUUUACUAAAAUAGACUAAUAGAGUAAGAUUCUAAAGCUCAAAGUUUUUGAUAAGCUUUGA